CGGAAAAGCUGUGAUGCAGUCUGCUGCUGCUCCUGUCUGCUGCUGCUGCACUUACUACAUCCGCUGCUCCACAGGCUGGACUGCGCUCCUGCGCAAACCCAAACAAGUCACAGCACAUUACCGAGCAGUGCAAUGGCCAACUAGUAGAGGAGUGAAAGACAUGCACGGUACAUCUGUGUAGUGUUCGCCGAGGGGAUAAUAAUUAUUUUUUAGUAUUAUCAUUUCUGCUGGAGGUGUGAUAUCGCAGCCAUGGCAUGCUGUCAGAGUCCCAGAGGAGAGUGGAGCGUCGCUCCUGUGCUGGCUGUGGUCGCGCUGCUCACGCUCCUGUUUGCAGGGAUGCAACAAACCACAGCGUUUCCCUCCUGGAGGUUAGAGAAGCUUACACCACUGUGUUGCUCAUCGGGAUACGCAAAGAGGCCCGAUCACAAAUGCUCCACCUGUCCAGAAACAAGCGCUACACCCUGACACCGGAGCAGCUCAAAUGGGACAAGUUUAAACUCACAUACAAGUUGCUCUCCUUUCCCACAAACCUGAUUAAUGCCAGCGACACGCGCCGAGGCAUUGCCAAGGCUUUUGGCAUGUGGAGCGACGUCUCACCGUUCAGCUUCAGAGAGGUGCCAGCGGACCAAGAAGCCGACAUUAAGAUUGGAUUCUACCCGGUCAACCACACAGACUGUCUGCAGUCCCAUUUGCACCAUUGUUUCGACGGCAUCACAGGGGAACUGGCCCAUGCAUUCUUUCCCCCAACGGGGGAGAUCCACUUUGACGACCACGAAUACUGGAUUCUUGGAAACAUGCGUUUCAGCUGGAAGAAAGGAGUUUGGCUCACAGAUCUUGUCCAUGUGGCCACUCACGAGAUCGGUCAUGCCCUGGGACUCAUGCACUCCAUGGACUCAAAGGCAAUAAUGCACCUCAAUGCAACUCUGACGGGGCGUAAGCUCAUCACACAGGAUGAUGUGUGGGGUAUACAACGUCUUUAUGGAUGUUUGGACCGGUUAUUUAUCUGUCCGGCCUGGACUAGGAAAGGCUAUUGCGACAGCAAGCGCAAGCUGAUGCAGAAGCACUGCCCAUCCAGCUGUGAUUUCUGUUAUGAAUUCCCUUUUCCCACUGUGGCUCCCACACCGGCUCCUCCACGGACCAAACACAAGCUUGUCGUCGAGGGCAAGAUGCUCACCUUUCGCUGUGGGAAGAAAAUAGCUUCAAAAAAAGGCAAAGUGUACUGGUACAAAGACGACGAGCUGCUGGAGUUCUCUCAUCCCAACUACAUCUCCCUGAAAGACGACCACAUCACCAUAGUGGCCAACGCCAUCAACGAAGGCACGUACACCUGCAUCGUGAAGAAGAGAGAAAAAGUUCUCACUACCUAUUCUUGGAGAGUGCGUGUGCGUUUUUGAGGGUAGUGCCAACGUCUCUGCACACUGAACAGGACACAGUAGCUAUGUCUACAUGGACACAAACAGUAUAAAAGUCUGAGUAGAAUGAAAGGGAUUCAUGUAAACAUACCAGUUUACAUCAAGGGAAGCUAUCAGAGGCUCUGAUACCAUGUAAAAAAAACUACGGGAAAAACAAAGUGUGUUUAAAAAUAACCCUGUUUCAGACUGGUGUUCCUGAAGUGGAGGCAGGGCAGAUAUUUCUUCUACAAUUGUCAUGUAAUUAGACAUCUGUAAGUGUGUCAGGUGGUUUAAACAAAGAUUUGUUAGUAUAGAAAAUAAAAAUAUCCACGGGCCAUCUGUUCCUCCUGCAAUAACUAAAUGACACACAGAGCACUGUAUUUCAAAAGUAUACAUGUUACCAAGAGUAAAACCUAUUGGUACAAACUGCCAAAUGUUUCCCAAAGCAUAAUAUAAACAGCCUUAGAUUGGACAUUAAUAUACCCUACGACUAGCCUAUACAAAAAGCAUCCCAUGUGCGGCCCAGAGACAACCUCAGAGUGGUCCAGUCUGUGGGCAUUUUAAAAAGUGCAGUUAAACCGGGAGAAUUCCGAUUGAUGAGUAGUCAUAUUCCUACAGAUGACAGACUAAAGGAGCAACACUCUCCUUAACUCAACAAUGCAACUCAUGACACAUCUUGUGUGUUGGACAGUUGCAUCUGUAUAUGUUAAAAGAAUGUCAAAAUUUUUAUUUACCCUGCAUGAACUGAUAAAUUCUUGUUUAUUUCACCCCAAACUACAGGCUUAUGUUGGGUUAAUGAAAACAUUCUGUUUUUCAUUACUUUUACAAGGUUCAAUCUUUUAGUCCAAAUUAUAUAAUCACUGAGUUUUCACAACUGAAAAUAUCUGGCCCAGGUGAUUCUCUUGGGUUAAAAAGCCUAGCUCACAGUAGUUAAUAUUUGAAAAUACAAAAAAAGAAGCUUCUGUAUAAUAUUUGAAAAAUGAUUUAAUUGUGGACAAGAUCAAACCUCUCCAAGUCCAACAAUUGGCUCCAAGGCUACGCUCUGAACACUGGUCUAUGUAAACAGAGUAAUUUUACUUUUCUCGGAGGUGAACUGUGAUUGGAAUCAGAUCGAAAGAACCUUUGCACAUGUAAACAUAGCUAUUAAAAACAUGGUCACCAGGAGACCUCAUUCACACGGGCACAUAUCAAUGUUUUUUUUUAAGUCUCUCCAGUAUUUACCACAUAAAUGUCUGUCAUCGUUGUCAUUGUAUAAAUGUAUUUUAGUUUGCAUAUAAUAAAUGUUCUGUGACCAGUAGUAUUUUAGUUAAAAUACUACCUGACUGUGAAAAGCUGGUAAUGAGA